AUGCGACGCAGGUAUGCGGGUGAUUUCCUCGUCGGCUGCCUUGCCACCGUCGCGCACGCACAGCCACGUGUGAGACACAACAGCAGCAGCAGCGAAGCCGGCGUGGUGGACGAGAAUGCGUACCGCGAGCACCUCAUUCGCGAGAUCCUGUCGCGCGACAAGGAGAUAUUCGAGUUGAAGCGGCAGCACGAGCUCUCAAUGCUGCGCGUGGAGCAGAACCAGCGCCGCGUGCUCAAGGACCAGGAGGACCGAGGUAUGUACUACGAGCAGAACUGCAACGUCCACACAUUCGACACAGUCUCUGUCGGGCUGUAUACACAGCGCAACACACUCUACCACACCAUGAGCGUUGAGCGGCUGCGAAACGUGAAGCUGUUUGUGACGGUUCUUGUCACUUUGGUGACGUGCAUCUACUUCUACUACCGCUACAUGGUUAGCUCUGAGUGGGUGUACGUGGAGAAGCCGAUGAAGGUACUCGGAAGUCGUAUCGGGGCGUUGAAUGAGCUCCGUGCACAACGCGAGGAGGAGGAAGAGGAGCAAGCCAUAUUGCGGUCUAACUUGCGUGGGUAG